AUGGCAUUUGCCAGCGAUGCCUUUGUGUGGCGGCCGGUGUCUAUGCCUGCUCAACUAGCAGAUGUCCGCACACAUGCAAUUCGACCGUCAAGAGGUGUGAGAAUGUCCAAGGAAAGUCGUGGAGUUCGGACAGCGAGGGCUUCUUAUCCGGACCUUUCAUGUGACCUUUCAUGGGGUGAAGUCGCCGCAUCUGUGCUCGCAGGCAUUGCCUGUGCAACCGCCGUCUCGGAAUCCAAGGGUCUCAAACGCCCACAGAACGACCGGGUGACUUUCGCGCCGAGUUGGCGGGAAUUUCGGGCACGCCUGGUGCAGAAGGAGCGAUCAGAGUCAAGCGGCAAAGGUGCACGACGAAAGCCAAGUGAGAGUACCGGGUGGAUGCAUUCUACGACUCUCAUCGAGAAAGGCUCAGUGCUGAUAUCUCGUACAGGGGACCAGUUCACCUUGGAUCAGCAAUACUUCUUGAACGCAGUCGUUCUGAUCUUGAAAAGGGACGAGGGCGGGGACGUUGGUGUGAUCUUGAACCGCCCAUCGGACUGGACCGCAGAAGACUUGGGUGUGCCCAAGCCCAAUGCCCUGAAGGAGGCAGACCUCCAGUUGCGAAAGCUGCUUGCCACCCUCGGUGGCACUGUGGUGGAGGAGCAGCCAUGGAAAGUCUCCUUUGGUGGACCCAUGCAUUCGGCACGGGAUGCGGAGCAAGAGCAGCCCACGCUGCUUUGCUUGUACCGCUGCGACUCCGACCGUGAUCGCGCAGGAGAGGAGAUCAUCCCAGGCCUCAACUGGCUCCCCUUCAGCCGGGCGAGAGAGAUGGUGGCAACAGGAGCUGCGAGGCAGGAGGACUUCCUUUUGCUCUCAGGCUAUUGUGGUUGGCGCCGUGGUCAGCUUCAGCAGGAGUUGAAUGUGGGCCGCAGCUGGUUGCUGGCUGCGGCGGAUCCUCAGGCUCUCUUUCCCGGCGGAUCUCUCCCGGCAAGUUGCCUUGACCUGGGCAUGAGCCGCUGGGAGCGUCUGCACGAAAGGCUUUUUGACUUCGCCUCCAUGGAUGGCGAUGGCAAGACCGCCACUGCGGCGCUGAAGCGGUGGAUGACCGACCUCCGACCAGCUUUGCUCAAUCCAUCGCUCCCGGUAUCGGAUCUUCAGCCUCAGAUGCUCAGAAACCUUACGGCCGGCCGCCUCCUGCGUGGUUCCUCCUCCCAUUGGAUCCUGGGUGGACCUAUUGAUCAGAGGCCGGCCAAGGCGGCCGGCACCCAGCCGCCAGCACAGUACCUGCAUAAGGCCGUGCUGCUCGUCCUGGCAGAUGUUACGCCCAAUGAGCCUUCCGUGGUGGUGCUCCUCACCGGCCCAAAGAUCGGAGAGCUGCCCAAGGGCAAAGGCGACGUGUUUUUCGGAGGGUGGGCGCAGCCAAAGAAGACGCAUGAGGUGCUGCAAGUUCCCGGUGGCUACAUCUGGGGCCAGCUGACCUUCCCUCCGGGCAGGUUGGAGGAGCUGCUGGACUUGGGUGCAGUGGAAGAGGUGCAUGGAUUGAGCCUGAACGAGGUUCUCGAAGUUCCCCCGGCACUUCGUUGGGCCACGGCGGGGGGAUGUAUUGACAGCAUCAACGAAGCAUCAGCUGCACUACUGGGGAAUGCCCAGCAGAAGCACUGGUACCGACAGUACCUGGGAAUAGCUGUAGAAGAGCUCCGGGACUGA